GGUCCCGUGUCAGCCGGCCGCCUGCAGGAGAGCUGCAGCGUCUCUCAGGUGAGGUACCGACGCUCCGACAGUCAGCUGGCCGGGCAGGACGACGCUGGACUGCGGGGAUUUACAGAGCUGGACUGGAUGGAGUGCCGUCUGAACGACGAGCGUUUCACUGAGACACAAGAUUCACUGCAAGACCUGAAACUGGAUCAAUACAACCGAAGUCCUGAGAGUCUCAAACUGGACCUGGAGGAACAGGGUCUACACUGUGGUCCACAUCAGGUUUGGGUUCAAGACAAAUGUCCUCCAGAUCCAGCUGUGGACCAGAAUCCAGCAGGAGAAGAUUGUGACCGAGGUGACCAUCAUCGAUCCAUCGAGCAGAACCAGGACCCGGGUCGGAGAGUGGAUCUGGACAGAGUGUUGCCUCAGGACCAGCACCAGCACCAGGACCAGGACCAGGACCAGCACCAGCACCAGGACCAGCACCAGCACCAGCACCAGCACCAGGACCAGAACCAGGACCAGGAUCUGACUAUCUCUGCAGCCAGUCAGGAGGCGGUGGGGGAGUCAGGUGGCAGCGUCCCAGCGCUUGUGAUCACUCAGGCAGAGGAGGCUCUGGGACCAGCAGCGACUCCAGCAGACCCACAGAGACCUGCAGACCUGGUGGUUCCGGCGAGCCCCACUGAGCCCAGUCUGAGCUCCAGCAGUGACGGAGGAGACAUGACCUGCUGCGACCUCCUGUCUCUGAGGAGCGACUCCUCGUCUCUGACCAGCGAGCCGACCAUCUCCAGGACGAGUGAAGAUGAGGACAGCAGGAGCGUCGCUGCCUCUUCAGUCAUGUCUCUGUUCCACAGGGUGCAGCUGGAUCCUCUGGAGAAGGACUGGUGGAGGAGCUCCGCCCUGGGCAACAUGGCCGCUCAGCGCCAGCUGCUGUCUCAGGAGUCCAGCCUCGUGUCCAAGAAGGACUUCAUCUCGGGGACAGCUCUUCACUGGGCAGCUAAGCAGGGCCGUCAGGAGGCUGUGGACAUGAUGCUACGCUACGGAGCCGACGUCAACGUCAGAUCGCAUGGUUACACAGCGCUCCACCUUGCCUCCAUUCACGGCCACCAGCCCAUCGUCCACGCCCUCAUCAACACCUACAAUGCCAAAACCAACAUCAGAGAUUAUCACGGGAGGACGGCUGUUCACUACUGGACCGGAUCCACCGACGUCUUCAACAAACCGGACUGUCAGUCAGAUGAGCAGCACCUGUCUCCAUGUAGAGAAUCUGAUUUUAGGAUGAGCGUUGGUGGGCGGAGUUAUCGAGGCAGACCCAUGCAGCGUUACGCUCUUCCAUCUCUACUGCUGACGCGUUCCCGCAGUCAGGGGCAGCUCAACCUGGAGUUUAAGACGAUGCCUCCGUCCGCCUCUCACGACGCGUUGGACCUCCACCUGUGAGUCCUGCUGGACAAACCUGCCAUGAUGGCACCAACACAGUCGUGUCUCGUGAUUAUUAAGAGGUUCUUUGGGCACAUGGACCGGAGCUGCUGUUCACAGAGGAGCUCAACAAACGAGUGGAUCAUUGAUCACAACAACCAAUCAGCUGUUAAGUUCAGUUCCGCUGUUAUAAUUACUUUAUUUUUCAUUUCAAUUAGGACUCAUAUUAAUCAUCAUUUUUUUUUCCUGGAAGUUAAAACAUAAGCUGGUUGUUGAUUAUGAAGCAGGUAUUUAUUGUGGACGUGUUCGUGUUGUGACUUUACAGUGAGUUUUAAUAAAAGCUGCUGGUCGAGCUGCAAAUGUUUGACACAGUGAAACACGA